AUUUCAUUCACAGGCAUACAAAUUCGUUCAUUAUUAAAGAAUAUGAAAUAUGGGAUUCCCUUAUCUUUGUUCGCGUUUCCAGCAGCAUGCCCCAGUCAAGGUGUGUGUGUGUGGCUGAGCUUUUUAUUUAUUUAACCUUUAUUUAACUAGGCAAGUCAGUUAAGAACACAUUCUUAUUUACAAUGACGGCCUACCAAAAGGCCUUUGGCGGGGACGGGGCCUGGGAUUAUUUAAAAAGUAAAUCAAUACAAUAUAAGAAAACAACAUAGCAAUGCAGAAACACAUGACAACACAACAUGGUAGCAACACAACAUAGUAGCAGCACAAAACAUGGUACAAACAUUAUUGGGCACAGACAACAGCACAAAUGUCAAGGAGGUAGAGACAACAAUGCAGCACACAAAACAGCCACAGUGCAUAUAAAAUUGCACAGAGCUAGGGGGAACCAGUGAGAGGCAUGACAUUACAGUCAUAAGGUUUGUGCCUGGCUGGACCACGACGUGCUGAACAGCACGUCUCAUUUCUUGCCUGACGACUCAUCCUGAAUUUAAUUCCGCUGCUAUACCGAUUGCUUCACAGAGAAGAAACGUUAGUGGCGUGGCGUUUGGCAGGAGAGAUGUGGAUGGGCAGCUAGGCAAUCUCAUUUCGGCCAUGAGCUAAAAACACACAACUUCCCUUCUCAGUUUUUUUUAUACCGAAACAGAGGUGGGUGGCCACUUUGUUAUUGUUUCAACAAGGACUCUAGCUUUGAGUGUAUAUUCUAGAUACCUGUAAAUAAUUUACAUAAUGUAAAAUUGUAGGCCUAUGUAAAGGACGUCACGCCGCUUGCGAGUACCACCGCCACAGAGAAGCGACAGUCGAUGCCACUCGAAAAGCUAACUAUUCGCUGGCGCAAGUGGGGACAGUUCAGGCUGAGGAGUUUCAUACAUCGCCAUGUGCUACACCUACUGUAGCCAAGAUAUGAAGCAUUGGCCAAUCUGAACCAGUGCUUGACUUGGGGAGCAAAUGCUUGUAUGGUAUUGCUGAGGAAAAUGUCGAACUCGACCCCCUUUAAUGAUUUCACCCUGAAAGGCUCAUCUUAGAAUGGACAAAUUCAAGGAAUGGGAUCAGGCGCCUGUAGAAGUGGCUGAAGACAGAAGUGUGGCAGUCGAGUACACAGGAUGGGACCAGAGUUGCCAACUACCCAACAGGGGCCAUGUCAAUGCCCUUUUGGAUAUCAGUGAUGAUACCUCAUCCAAAGAGCAGGAGCCAUUUGAGUUUCUCUGUCUCUCCGGAUGGGAGGAAGCUAUUCGGGGCUGGGGCAGAACUACUCCACUUGGCUGCCUGGUUCAGACCCAGAGGAGAGGAAAGAGGGUCAAGACUGGAGACACAGACCACCACUGCCACCUGUGUGUGGACCUCGUGAAGCUCUCGGACCCCCCUGACUCUGAAUUCAGCUUAACCCACUCCCAUGAGUCCUUCUGGGAUUCCACCGUGGACCCAUGGGAGAACCCCCCCCCCACAACCCUGGGAGACUUCCUGAACAGACCCUACAGUCAAACCUCUAGCAUCUCUUCAGAGGAGUCCCCACCAGAGUUCUUCAGGGACCUUCAGAAAGCCACACAGCAACUGACACUCCGAGACAAGAUGGUGGAGGACAAGGCUGAGGUGUGUGAGAUCAGUGACUCACUGCUGGGCUCGGCCCCCUCCCAGGGUCACCACCACUCAGCCUCAGAGUGUCCCAUGACGCUGAUCAUCAACAGCUUCGCCGUCCUACCGCCCGUGAAGACCUCCCAGCCCAGACACCCUAAGGUCACCAGCCAGCUCCGGAGGGGGGACGCUGGACCGGGACGCAGCGCCUCAGACGGGGAGACCGCAGAGGCUGGGUCAGACGGUGUCACCCCUGCCAGGGAGAGUGGAGGAGGUGUGGAGAGCCAGCAGAGCUGCCACCUGUUGUCUGCUUUCAGCAUCCCCAUCCUCAAGAGAUGUGACAUGCCCCUCAGCACACUGUCAGAUCCUCUACCCCGUGCCACCUACCCCCUGGACAGACACCUCAGACAGGAUCCCCGGACCAGCAGUGCUCAUAGACUCUACUUUGGACUGAAGACCAAGAGCCUGAAGCGUGCAGAGCCCCAGCUGCCCAUUCUGUUUGGAACCAGGGUGCCCAUCCCAGCCUCUCCACAUAGACUACUCUGAACAGAGACUGUUACUUUGCACUCCAUACUCUCUCCCAACCCAAAAGCUCAGCCUUUGUGGGUUUGUGAUUAAAAAUAAAAUUUCUGUGAAAUUUCUUCAUAUUUUUUGUAUGACACUGAUGACUGUAUAAAAAAAAAAAAAAGCUGUGACGAAUUCAACUUGGUCGUAUUAAACUACAUGGAAUUGGCAUAUGAGUUUCCAGAUUUGUUAGUUCUAUGUGAUUUAUAAGCUAUACUACCUCAGCCUCAUUGUAUAACCAGUUUAUUAAUGCGUUACAUGAGUAUCAAAAGAUAGAAUUUGGUCCAUCAUCACUGUGAUAAUAUGCCAUCAAUCUAGCAUCAGCAAUACAAAGUAGUCCAGAUUGCUAGAAUACAUUGUGUAGACAUGGUAUGCUAAUUUGUUACCACUGAUUAUUCAGAGUGAAAUAAUUUAACUGUUACAUGAGCCUUCCUUAAUUACAAACACUCCACGCACCUGGACAUGAGUGAAUCAUUUUAAAAUGGAGUGAUAAAUGUAUGUAUGAUUUCAGUCCUACAUUUUGCAUGAGCUUUUAUUGUGGUGCUCACACUUGAGCUUUUAGUUUCUCAGCAACUAUGCUACCUACUCUACAAUGCUGAGGUCUAGGUCGGUUUCUUGGAUUCCUGAAUGUUAAACUGCAGACAUUCAUGCACUCUAAUGGAAUGAGCAGUCAGUGAUUGUAGUGUUCCAACCCAUGUGAAGAUGUCUGUGGUAGCCUAUUGAAUUACAUGCUAGAAGUGAACCACACUGUGAUUCUCAGGGGUUGUGACAGCAUAGGUGUGUGGGCGGAGGGAUUAGUAUCGUAUUCCAAAUGACUUACACAAUUACAAUAUUGUAUUCAAACGGACUGAGCAUAAUACAUGUACAUAGUAAACUAACUUGUACUGCCACACAACCCAGGUGAAAACUGUGACUGACAUUUACUGAAAAAGAGCACAUUGAGUGUGUACAAUAUUGAGUAUGGUGUUGUAACUCAAAAGUAGUGUGUGCUUUAACCAGUAACAAAAUAUUUGACUUGGCUUUAUACAG